GUUGUGUGCGUUGUUCCGGCAAAUCAGAAGAUCCUUCAGCAUACUUGCCUUGCUUACAGUAAAGCUAUUGCAGCUAUGAGCAGAAGUUCAUGUAAACAAUAAUUCAUUUUCUCCCUGGCUCAACAGUUUAAUGGCCACCCCGGAGUACAUGCAGCCGUGUUUUGCGCAGGACCUCCAACAAUCCGCGAUAAACCAACCAACUUGCGCUGAAAAUACAAAGGAAGGUGAAAGCGUUGCGACUGGCCGGAAUGGUGACAGCCUUGAUUCUCAAACCUAAGAUACCACAAAAAAAGAGAGAGUAUCAGCUACGUAGACCUGUACUGCUGGGGUCAGAUAUAAACCUUCAUCUGUCAUGAUGAAUGCGGGCAGAGGUGGUACCGUUACCUGGCGGCCACAGCCAUGGAAAGAUGUUGAUAGAGAGGCUGGAGAACCUCUCUCAGAUAGUGACUCUGAGGAGGAGGAUUUUCCAGAUGAUUACUCCACUCCCUUAGGGGAGUAUGUAACUCAGGGAUUAAAGCAGCUAUUUGAUGCUCGGCAGUUGUGUGAUGUCACUCUUUUGGUAGAGGGAAAGAAGUUCAUGUGUCACCGAGUUCUUUUAGCAGCAGUCAGUCCGUAUUUCCGUGCAAUGUUUACCAGCCCUCUUGUGGAGUCUCGUCUCACUGAGAUCCGUCUGGAAGAGGUGACGCCCUUUAUUAUGGAGACAGUCAUUCAGUUUGUUUAUACAGGGGAAGCAGGUCUUAGUCUCGACACAGCAGAGGAUUUGUUUGUAGCGGCCAAUCGUCUUCAAGUGAUGCCCUUGCAGGAUCUUUGUUCGAGAUUCCUCGUUAAACACCUUUCUGUCGAGAAUUGCCUGGGUAUGUACUCUCUGGCUCGUUCUCACCAUGACCAGCUUCUUCUUCGGGCUUCGUUGAGACUGGUGGGCCAACAUUUCCCCCGAGCGUCCCGACAGCGGGACUUCCUCCUGUUGGACCCGGGAACUCUCGGCAGCUUGUUGGAGUCGGAUCGAUUAGGCGUGGAGACCGAGACGGAGGUUUAUGCCGCAGCAAGACGUUGGGCGGAGUACAAACCCGAUGAUCGUUUUGUUCACAUGCCAAAUUUGUUACGCCAUUUACGCCCUGGACUUCUGACCCCGGAAGAAUGUCGGCGGAUGAACCAAGAACUCGGACCUCGGGCCAGUACGGAAGUGAUGAAAGGGCCGCUGAGGCCAAGAGAAGGCAUGUUCGAGAAGAAAAUAGUUUGUGUGGAUCUAAGGCCAAGAGAGAGCGAGUCUUUACAGGAGCGGGACUUUACGGUGGAUUGCUUCGACCCGCCUACCGGGAAGUGGAAGAAGCUGGCAUCCCUAGGCUCGCUGCUUUGCCCUGGAUGCACUGCAGUUGAUGGUAGACUCUUUGUGGCGGGUGGCAUACUGAGGAGCGGGCAAGUGUCGGCUUCAUUACACGAGUACGAUGUGGUGCUGAACCGCUGGAUUGCACGGCCGUUGCUGGCUGAACCGCGUGCUAUGUUGGGAUUGCUCGGCUGCGAAGGUUACUUAUAUGCUUUGGGUGGCUGUAACCGAACGAAAUUUCUAGACACAUGCGAAAGAUUUGACCUUAACGCACUGACCUGGGAAACAGGACCUCGUUUGCCGUUGCCAUUGCGUUCGUUUGCUUGCGCCGCUCUCCGCUGUCGCCUUUACCUGCUUGGAGGUACCACGCUGGAUCACAGUAGGGCUGUGGUGCAUGCUGGCGUGCUUAUAUACCACACCGUUGCAAAGACCUGGUGCCGUGUUACCCUAGACUCUGGCGCCACCUGCCUGGCUGGAGGAGUAGCGGUACGUGGAGGUGUUUGUGCUGUUGGUGGUUACCUGCGUGAUGCCGCUAUGUUCAUGGAUGGCAACUUCACCAACACCGAACCAUUAGACGCUACAGGACGUGUGCUGUUCUUCCGAGAAGGAAGGGUAUCGGGACUAGAGCGGGAGCUGAUAGUCGGAGCAGACCGUGGAGGGGGUGGUAGCGCUCCUACCCAGGUAGUUUUUCCAGGCCUCCCAAGACGCAUUGCUGCUGCAGGUGUGGCAAGGUGGAAGCACAGGAUAUACGUAUUGGGUGGUGAAAACGGAUCAAGGUUUUAUGACAGCAUAUACUGCUGGAAGCCUGGCUGGCGUAGCUGGGUCCAGAGACGGGAGAAAUUGCCGGUAGACACGGGCGGAGUUAGCCAGUUUGGAUGCACUACCCUAAAGUUCCCCAAAAAACACAUUUUUACACGGCUUCGGGCUGCUCAGCAGAAACGGAAUAAGGCCGAAAAAAGGCAGACCAGGUCAUGCAGACUCCUGCGCAUUCAGGAGGGCGAUUUUUGAAGUGACAAACUGGAAUUUUUCUUAUGCGCCUACUUUUCUGAAAUUGGAACUUUUUUUCUUGGUUGAUAUCUUGAUGAUUUUGUUAACAGAAAAUAUACAUAACGCUUGCAUCAUAAUAAAGAUCUUCUAAAAAGGUUUAAAAGGGGAAAAGGUCAAAAAGUUUUACUUAUUUGAUUUGCUUCGUGUUAUGCCUGUGAGGCUGAACGUUUACUUUGGUCACCAUAGGAAAUUUUUGUUAGGUUUGCUUUGCAAUGUAGAUGUACUGCCAAAAUACCAUAUUAACUACAGUUACUACUGUAAAAUCAUGCUUAAGUAUUAUGUGACCUGUCUGUAAAAUCCAGGCUAAAGUUGCAUAAUUUAAUAAUGAGAUUAGGAGCGUCAAAGUUCGAUUUCACUCAUCGAUUUCAAUCUGAGUAGAUAUCAAGGUUAUUUUUCACAUAAUGUCCUUUACAUUAUGUAGGAUGAUUUUAUUUAUGUACAAAACAGUAAAACACUGAAACGACUUUAGUUGGGUUUUCACAGACUGGGUCACAUCUGACAUCUCAUGAAAUGAUUGGAUAAUCUACAUUUAAAGGUGCACUAUGCAGUAUUUUCAGUUACUGUAUUUAAACACAAUAUCCAAACUUGGCCCCUCCUCCUGGACAAAUUAAAUGGGCCAUUUUCAUUGCUGUCCUGCACUCGUGCUAAACACCCACUGCCCAAAAGUUGCCUCCCAGAAACCUCUGAGUAGCCCAAACAAUAAAAAACCAGGCUGAGGACAGUGUUUUUUACAACCCCAAAACAGAAAAAGUUGGGACACUGUAGAAAUUGUG